ACCUUGCUUUUGGAGAUUCAUUAUUUGAAAGAACAUCAACCGAACGCAAGAAUCACACACAACACUCGGUUAACCAUAUUGCAGUAGAGAUCGAUGGGUAGACUCCAAAAUUUGAUGCUUCUAUCGGCGGGGUUCUUCUCCACGCUAUUGCUCGCACAGGUGACGAGUGCUGCUGCAGGGAUGACAGUGAAAGUGAGCACAACGCCCAUCUUCUCCAAGAUCCCACGAGCUCAGACGAACAAGGAUUUUCAGGUGCUACUACGCAUCGAGGCGCCGCCUCCGGUGGAUCUCAAGGGUCGUGUCCCCAUCGACCUUGUCGCUGUGCUCGACGUUGGUGGUGGUGGAAUGAGCUUGGAACCGGUUAAGAAAGCCAUGAAGUUCGCCAUUCGACAGCUCAGUGAUGAAGACUCUAUCGCCAUCUUUGGGCCACCCAUGAGCCGAGAGGUCAUCCCUAAGUUUAUGAAUAUUCAUGGUAGCCGAAGGAUUGCUGAGAAGAAGGUAGAUGAGCUGGAGGGCCGUCGCUUUGCCCAUCCAGCAAGGUCUAGCUUGGAUGAGGCCCUCAAGAUGCUGGAGGAGCAGCCGGCGAGCUCUUCCGUCGGCCGCGCCAAGUUCAUCGUGUUGGUCACCGACAUCACCCGAUUCAGCUCUGACAUGCCGGAGUUGUCCAAGUACCCCGUGCACGCCUUCGGCCUGGGCGCCUCGCACGACGCGGCGGCGCUGCGCCUCGUCGCCCAGCGGUCUCAGGGCACCUACUCCUUCCUCGACGACGCCAACGCCGACAAGGUCGCCGCCGCGCUCGCCCUGUGCCUCGGCGGGCUCAAGUCCGUCGCCGCCGUCGGCGCGCGCGUCGUCCUCAAGGCGGCGAGCGGCAGCGGCGUGAGGAUCGACAGGAUCAGCUCCGGUGGGUACGCGAGCUCCGUCUCCCAGGUCGACGGGGCCUCCGGCGAGAUCGCCAUCGGCGCGCUCUACGCCGGCGAGGUGAAGACCUUCGUCGUCCACCUCGACGUGCCCGCCGCGCCUGAGAUUUCGCCGGGGGAGGGCGUCUGCUGCGACCAGCAGCAGCUGCUCGUCGCCAGCCUCGACGGCCAGCUCUACACCAGUGGCGGCGGCGUCGACGUCAUCGACGACGACGCAGCAGCUGGUGGUGGUGGUCCGAUCCAAGACGUGCUCGUCGUGGAGAGGCCACCCGCCGCCGUGCUGCCCAAGGUCCCCUCCGCCAUUGUCGUCAACCACAUCUUCCAGUUCAGGGUGCUGGAGAUGGUCGACGCCUUCAUCAACGACGAGAUCCUCCUGCGCCGCACUCCGGCGACGACCGGGAGGACGAAGGACGUCGACGUCGACGACGACCGGGGGAUGAAGCUGCUGGCGAGGUGGGAGAGGUUCGUGCUCGAGCACCAGUUCUGGGUCGGCCUCGACCUGGGCUCCCUCGACGGCGAGAUCACCGCGGUGGCGAACAGCCUGCGGAAGCAGCAGCACGUCGUCGGCGGCGUCUUGCCGUCGUCGUCGAUGGCGGCGUACAUAUUCUCGUGGAUGUCCAGCUACAAGAUGCAGCGGCCGACGGCGAUGGGGUCGCCGGCGAAGGUGGUGGGCUUGUUCGUGACGCUGGAGGUUCACCUCACGCUGCAGGUGGCGAUCACGGCGGAGAACGGCGGCGGCGGCGGCGACGGCGAGUGCGAGUACAGCUGCGUGGAGCAGCUGCCGCCUGCGCCGCCGCUGCUGGUGGCGUCUGGACGCGAUGACGACAGCUACCGUUUCAACGCCGCGUACGAGGGCGUCAUAUCGCUCGACGACAUCAACCAAUUCAUGAUCAAAAUCUACCAGGGUAUGGUGAAAGCGAACAAUUUGAAGCAAUGCCAUCUGAUGAAUCAGCAGCCGCGUGCUGUCGCCUGAAUCUGAUUAAUCUCUCUACGUUGUUGAGUAAUAAUAUGCCCAUCCAUCGAUUGAUCGAUCCCUGAAUAAUGCGUGGUAGCUGCAGUUGCCUUAUCAGCAGGAGAGAUUGAUGAGGACGUUUGUUCAGAUUCGUAUCUACAAGUCUAGUCUAGUACUUAUUUUGAACAGAGAUAGUAUUAGCUAUUUGCUAGCUAAUACUACUAUUAAGGUUAAAGGUUGAGAAUAAUAAGAGAUGUAAGUAGGGGUGAAAACGGUUACAAAAAUUACCGAUCGACCGGGCGCCGUUUCCGUUUAAGGGGUACCAUUUCCGACCGUAUCGUUUUUGGCUAUUUUUAAAUUUUGUUUUUUCUAAUUUCUUUUUACAUCGUAUUAAUGUCGAUACUAAGUAGUUUAAAUGAUAAAUAUGGUCAAUUACCGGCCGAUCGAGCAUCGUUUCCGAAGAGAUGCCACCGAUUCCGACCGUCUCCGAUCGUUUUCACCCCUAGAUGUAAGUGGCAACUUUAUUGGUCGUCAAUGCAUGUAAGAUCGAAUUUAUAGCAAGCUAAUUAAGCUCUGCUUAUUGCCUCUUUGA